AUGUUUCCCGUUUCUUGCUUCAUCGCAACUUUACCGCAUUUUUCGCAGGUCAAACUGAUGUUUGAGAUUUUGCACAUGAUGAAAGAGUUGGGCGUGGUGUUGUGUAGCGGGAUAAUAAAUGAACGAAUGUACAACAAGAUUACGGAAUCAGAUAUGGCUACGGCUAUGGAUAGAUGCUACCACUUGCCCUUGAUGUGCCUCUAG